UGCGAAUCUACCUUCUCUAGUUGCUUCAUCGUUGGAACUUGAAUAUAAGGCCAUUUCUGUAUCCCCGUUUUGGUGGUUUUCAACAUCCUCAAGUAUCUUGCCGAACUUGAAAAAAGGGCUCAACCAAGUUCGCCGAUCGUACACCACUCUUAACAAUACAACCCACUGAGCACUGUCAAGCUACCUCAAGUUCCGUUAAAUACUCCAGUCUUCAAGAUGACUCGACCUUCUCUCGCCGAAAACCGAACGAUGAAAAUCGUCAAUGCUGCACAUGAAGGUGGCUAUGCAGUUGCGGGGUUCUGUUGCUACAAUCUCGAAGCCGUGGUGGCCUCCGUCAGAGCGGCAGAAGCAACUUCUUCGCCCGCAGUCGUGCAGCUCUUCCCGUGGGCGAUGGAGUACGCAGGUAGCGCCCUUGUCAAAGCCGCAGCAGAACUCUGUCACAGUGCCUCAGUCCCCGUAUCACUGCAUCUUGACCACUGUCAGACACCAGACCUGGUUCGCCGAGCCGCGGACAUCCCCGAUGGCUUCGACAGUAUCAUGGUUGACAUGAGCCACUAUGAAAAGGAAGAGAAUCUGGCUCUUACUCGCGAGCUUGUCGAUUACUGUCAUCAACGCGGUAUCGCGACGGAGGCAGAGCCUGGACGAAUUGAAGGUGGCGAAGACGGCGUGGCUGAGACGAUAGAUCUUGAGGGUGUUCUUACUACACCAGAGCAAGCUGAAGAGUUUGUCGCUACUGGAAUCGAGAUGCUGGCACCCGCUUUCGGCAACGUUCAUGGUGAAUAUGGUCCGCGGGGAAUCAAGCUGGAGUAUGACCGGCUCGAAAAUACCAACAAAGCUGUUGGCGAUCGGGUUAGGCUCAUCCUUCACGGGGCGGAUCCAUUUACAGAGGAAAUCUACAAUCGCUGCAUCAAAGCUGGAGUGACAAAGAUCAACAUCAACAAGGGGAUCAACAACCAUUAUGUCCCGACGCAAGAAACAGCAAGAGGUCGUCCGAUUACCGCCACGAUUGAAGCUGGUACGAAGGAAAUGCAGAAGGCGUGCGAAACGUAUAUGCAUUGGUUUGGCUCAGCAGGAAAGGCUUGAAGAAUUGUUUAGACUACCUCGGUUGGAGAUCUCAACAUGAUAUAAUAUUUCCCAUCGAAAAUCGUAUACCGAGAGCCAUUGCCGUGCUGAAGACUUUGGUCGAGAUUGUAGUAUUCAAAACAACAUGUUCCCAGACCAAGAACCACUUGAAACUUCUUGCAGUGACAUAAGGUAUCCGAACAACUUAUCAU